UUGCCUCAAUCCACGCGUCAAACAGCUCGCGCGGGCCGCCCAACGACCGCGUCACGUGACUGCAGACUUCGACCGGCCGGGAAGCGGAGCGGGUUGCGCGAGCUGAGGGCUGAGCCGCUUUUCCCGUCGUUGUUUCUUCUUUCCUCGUGGGGCGAAUCCCCCUCGCUUACCUCACCGAGAGACGCCAUGAGCUGCUUCAGCCGCCUUCGCUGGGCUGCCCUGGGCUGGGCGCUGCUCCUGCUGGUGGUCGCCUCUUGCUUCACGUCCGCCUUGGCCGCGGCCGAAGAGGAGGAAGCUGGCUGUGAAAAACAUACCAACUGUAGUUCCUGCAUUAGUAGUACUGACAAGUCUGAAAUAAACUGCACCUGGAUUUUCUGCAACGGUUCUUUGUCCUACUGUACAAAUGCAACGGAAAGUGAUAACUGUACGUCUACUUUUAGAAAUGAAACUUGUUCAGCUCCUCCUAAGCCUACCACAGUUGCACCUACCACAGCCAACACUUCUACCCCAGGUCCUACACAUAACGCAACUGCACCAGCCAAACCUACUUCUGCCAGACCUACUGCUUCUAAUAGUACAAUAGUUACACCUGCUGCUAGCAACACAACUUCUACACCAGGCUCAGCUUCUCCCCAACCAACUUCCAAACCAUCUCCACACAAAUCCACCUUUGAUGCUGCCAGUUUCAUUGGUGGGAUCGUCCUAGUGCUGGGACUGCAAGCAGUAAUAUUCUUUCUCUACAAAUUUUGCAAGUCCAAAGAACAAAACUAUCAUACCCUCUAGAAUACGUUGCUUUUAAGUGGACUUUACAAGGUCAACAUUUGUGGUUAGCUGCACCAAAAUAUCUUUAUUCCUUAUAGAAGACAGCAAUUCAAAAUAUUCUUAUUCUUCAAGACUUUUUUUAAAAAAGAAAAUGUUUCUGCAACAUGCUUGGAAGAAGGUUGUAUGAAUCAUGUUUUGCUCUGCAAGAAUACUUGCAAUAUUGUGCAUGAAUCCUCAUUGGCUGUCUGAAAUUUCUUUAGUGGCUGCUGCUGUGAAACCGUUUCUUUUAUCUGACAUGCCAAAUGUAGACUUUAAUAGUUACUGUAUUCAUUGGCAGCAGUGUUCUUGAUAGAUAACCUUAUGAUUGCAAUUGAUAAGUUAGCCUUAAAUGCAGUGCCCCCUACAUUAUUAUUAUUAUUAUUAUAAUUAUUAUUAUUACUAUUAAAAUGUGAAUUUCUGGUGACUUGGCAUAAAACACUAUGUGUGUGAAAACUGGCUUUUUAUAGUGUACUGCUAGGAGAUUGGGGCAAAUUUCUAGAACUAUGUUUUUUUCCUUAAGGAUUAUGGAAGCCCAUAUUUUUCUAUACUUGGUGUCAGAAGGAUAAUUGUUUUCUAAUGUAAGCGUAAGCAGCCAUAGGAAGAAUGAUAGUCAAAGAAUGCUAGUUCCUUGGUGCGUAAGGAAGAAAGACCAGUGCCUUAAUGAGUAGGCUGCAAACUGAAAUGUUUGUCCCAUUUUAUUUGUUUGAGGUACAGUGAAUGUCAUUCCACUUGCAGCAAUUUCAUUCUAGUAGACACAUGAACUUGGGCAUUAUUUAUAUAUAUUUGUCUUUAUAUAAGUUUUUGUGAAGACAGAUGUGGAAAGAAAACAGUGUAAGCAAUCUUCAUAUACUGUUCCUAAAGCCAUGUGUCUCUAGCCUUCAAAACACUUGCCUUGGAAAGUUCUAUUGACAUGCUUUACAUUUCAGAGCCGUAGUUUCAGUAGACACAUUUUGUGAUUGCAAUUCGUGGAUAUUACAAACCUACCAUAAUUCUGUAUGCAUUUGAGAGAAUAUUUGCUCUUAUAUCAAUGCAGUUUCCUUCCUUGAGUUUCAUAAAACACAGAUAGUCAUGGUGGAAGUGGGCAGCCCAAGCACUUGGAGCUAUGUAAGUUUUUGAUAAUUGUCAAAAUAGACUGCUAAUCCUUGUUUUGCAGGUUAUAUGGCAAGCAUAGUUUAAAUGCUAGAAAUGCAACGUUAAGUGAUGCUUUUGGAUUAGCUCUAUUGCUUGCUUGAUUUUAAGCUGCUGAUGAUAAGUCUGGGUUUGUGGCUUAUUGCAAAAUUUUACUGCAUUUUAAUUGCUCAACUCUAGCCCUUGUAGCUAAUAGUAUUCACUUCAAUAAUGUUGCAUAGAAAGUUUAUUCAUAAUAAUACUUAGCAAACAGUACUGUAACUUUCAGGCAACUGUACUCCUAAAAGACAAUCAGCUCAGGUGUAUGAAAUGGUAAAUUGAUGAGCCAAUUUUCAGCAAGCAACACAUCUGUAGUAGGUGGUAUUUAAUGGCCUUAAGCUAUAUAGUCCAUUGUGUAACAUAAUUCCCCAUCUCUUUUAGCUUCAUAAAUUUAGAUAAAAUCUCUGAAUAUAUUCUAAACCUUAAGCAUAAAUAAAUGCACUUCUAAACGGUGACAAUUUAAAAAAAGCCUCUUUGCACUCUAAAGCUGUAAUAAGCUUAUGCUUAGUGGUGAGACUUAGAAAUUAUUUCUAGUUAGUGUUGCUUCCUUACUGGCUCUUGAAUGGCUACGUCUUGUAAACUUGUAGCAGAAGAUUUCAAGACUAACAGUGCAACUUGCAGUUCCAGAAUUGAAAUUUGAGCCAAUUUUAUUACUGAGCCAAGAGUAAGUGCUGUUUAAAACACCACUAAACAGCCAUGUAUUCUGUGCUGAUGUUAACAUUAUGAAUCUUUCAAGUGCCUUAAAUUUUAUUACUGUCAGCUACAUGUCUGUUGAAGGAAUGUGGGGAGAGGAAUUUUAGUCACUAGUCUUGCCCCAUUGCCAGCAAUUGUUCUUUUCCAAUGACUUUAGGAAAUUCAGGUCUCACUGCUACUCUUCAGGAAGUCUGCAUUUUCUACUUGGUUGGGGUAUAGAUGUGUACCAGGUCUUUAAGACAUUUCUAAUAUCUUCAUGCAGUGGCAUAUUUGAUUUUCUAGACCCAAGCUUUAUCACUAACUUACCAAACCUUGGCUAAGACUGUGAGGGUGAGCCCUCUUACCUUCUAUAGCUAGAUCAGUGACAGUUGUUGUUGUUCUGGUAGUGACAUUAACCUGACUACAUACAAAUUAGGUAAACUAAUAGAUUUUCACAGCUUCUGUCUGCUUUUUGGAGUAUAUACAUAGGGUUUUGGGUUUUUUUAACCACCCCUGUCUGUGAAAUAGAUUUUUAAGGCAGUGAAUUGUGACUUCCAAGCUCUUAAUACAGAUUUUCCCUAAAAUUUAACACCUGCAAGUAUGUUGCAUCUAGAAUGGAAUGUUAUAGACAUUACUGUACUGCAUAUGUGUGUUGUCUUCAUUGGAAGAAAAUGCAAACUACUUAAUCACAAAACCAAAAUAAAUCAUUUAUUAAACUGUU